CCGUCAGUCGCCCGAGACCUCUCGGAGUGUCGAGUCGAUCAGUCGAGUCGUGCCGCGUCGCGUCGGUUGUGCCCCGCCCGCCGCGCACACCACGUCGCAUCGCACCGCACCACAGCAGCCAUGACGGUGACACCUGCCGCCCCGGACGGCGGGCCCUCGGCGUCGGCCAAGCUGCUGCUGAGCGAGCGCAACGGCAGGAAGGCGGCGACGCUGCCCCCCGGCGCCGCCUCGCCGCUGCCCGCCGCCACCGCAGACGCCAAGGCGGCCACGCUGCAGCCCGCCGCCGCCAAGAAGAGCAAGAAGGCAUCCCUCGCCAAGGCCGCCUCCUUCUCGGAGGCGGACGCCGACGCCGACAAGAAGGUCGUCAAGCGCGGCAAAACAUUUUGUCACAACUGUAAGAAGAAGUGUUCUGGAGAAGUUCUCAGAGUCCAGGAUAAAUAUUUUCACAUUUCCUGUUUCAAAUGCAUUGUUUGUGAGAACUCACUGGCCCAAGGUGGUUUUUUCUGCAAAGAUGGAGGUUACUACUGCACAAAUGAUUACCAGCGUCAGUUUGGUACUAAAUGUGCAACCUGUGGCAAAUACGUUGAGGGUGAAGUGGUAUCUGCCCUUGGAAAUACCUAUCAUCAAAAAUGUUUCACAUGUGCUCGUUGCAGGCAACCAUUCCCUUCUGGAGAACGAGUAACAUACACAGGGAAAGAAGUUCUUUGUCAGAAGUGCGUGCAAAUUCCUGUCAGAGAGACACAGUCUCCUCAGGCCAGUCCUUCUAGUGGCACAGGACCAGAAUGUGCUGGAUGUCAGGAGGAGCUGAAGGAAGGUCAAGCGCUAAUUGCUCUGGAACGUCAGUGGCAUAUAUGGUGCUUCAAAUGCCGUACUUGUGAUGCUGUUCUUCAUGGGGAAUACAUGGGGAAAGAUGGUGUUCCGUACUGUGAGAAAGAUUAUCAAAAGCAGUUUGGUGUUAAAUGUGCGUACUGCAGCAGAUACAUAUCAGGGAAAGUGCUGCAGGCUGGUGAUAACCAUCACUUCCAUCCGACAUGUGCUCGCUGCACAAAAUGUGGUGAUCCAUUUGGAGAUGGAGAAGAAAUGUAUUUGCAAGGUACUGCAAUAUGGCAUCCUCGCUGCGGACCAGGGCCAACUGAAAAUGGGGGUGCAGUCUUAAAUGGUGCAUUAGAAAAUGGCCAUUGCACUGACGGAGAAUCGGGGAAAGAAGGAGGACGUGAAUUUGAUCACAUGAGCAGCUCAGCUGUCAGUGAGAUGCAGUUUUCGCUGCGUUCCCGCACGCCUAGCCUUAAUGGCUCAUUAUAUAGCCCUUAUAAUAGCUUAUCAAGGAAGUAUUCAGGCGGUUACCACAGGACAGGAAGCCCAGGUCUUAUUUUGAGAGAAUACAAAAGUAACCAGUAUGAUGACAUAAGUAGGAUUUAUACCUACAGCUACCUGACGGAAGAACCCUCUCUGGGAUACCUUAGACGACCCAUUGAUCCGUAUGACAAACCGCCAACUUCACCACAUUUUCAUCGUCCAUCUUCUGCUCACUCCAGAAGUAGUGGGAAGUUCACAUUAUCAAAAGCUAGCUCCAAAUCUGGUAUGAAGGUGCUUGUAGAUUCUAUUCGGUCAGAAACUCCUAGGCCAAAAUCUCCGCACAUGAACAAUGAGGAACCAAUUGAACUGGCACAUUAUCCAGCAGCAAAGCCACCACCACCAGGUGAAAAGCCCAAAAUAGAACGAGAUGACUUCCCAGCACCACCAUAUCCUUACACAGAUCCAGAACGGAGACGACGAUGGUCAGACACAUAUAAAGGUGUACCUGUAUCUGAUGAUGAAGAUGAAGUUGACGGAAAAGAAAAGGAUGAUGGUGAGAAAAAACCUGAAGACCCUAAAUUGAAGAAAGAAGAACAGGAGUUGAGUAAAAUAGCAACUGGCAUUGGAAAAGUGUUCCUGCAGAAUGUAAGAGAACGUGAAAAACUGAGGCAGUGGAAGAUGGCUCAUUUGGAUCCUCGCAAUGCGUCGAGAACGCCGUCUGCUGCUCGAGAACCAACAUAUCGAUUAAGAUAUGAAUCACCAGUUAAUGCAUCUCCAUCAAGAAAUGUGGACCAUCCUAGACCAUGGGAAGAAGACGAAUAUAUGGACCGCAGUUCCAGCUAUCGGUCAUCUGUGGGGAGAUCAGUAGGCACUAUUCCUAGUUACAAUGUGGUGUCAGCUCUGCGUCCUGUGCCCAAGCCUGGCUAUGGACUGAAGUCAUCAACUCUCCCAGCUGCUGGACGGAAUGGGGGCCCUGCUGGCUAUGCUGGUGAUUUUUCUUUUAGUGGGCUUGGUGAAAAAACACACAGCACAGAAUUUAGUAGUGGAAAAUCUGAUAUUUCAGCAGGCUCCAUUUCUGAGGUGGACAGGCGGGCAUUGAAUGCUGACCUUCCUGUUUCUACAACCUUCGCUGGGGGUCUUCGAUAUGCAGCUUCGUACAGUCCACACCUCCGUCGCUCAUUACCAAAUAUGGCUCAUCCAAUGAGUACAGAGCCAGCCAAAAUUUACCCAUAUCACUUGCUUCAAAUUACAAAUUACCGGCUUCCAGCAGAUGUAGAUAGACUCAACCUAGAGCGCCAUCUUUCUGACGCUGAGUUUGAAGCUGUGUUCCAGGUGUCAAGAGUGGAAUUCUACCGCAUGCCCCAGUGGCGAAGAAAUGAUUUAAAACGACGAGCCCGUCUUUUCUGAAUUGUUGGCAAAUUAAAAUUUACUUUAUAUAUUUAUAUGGUAGCUAUUGUCAUUACAAAGUUUGUGACAAUUAAUGUAAAGAAAGCAAGAUUUAACUCGGGCAGUUUAUUGAGGACUCUUAGUGCUCCUUAUUUGCUGUAUCUGUUUCUGUUUCAAUUUGCAGACAUAAUGUUUGCUUCAAAAGAUGUUUGCAUCUUAAUUUUUCGUAACAACCAUUUCAUAUAAGCAUUUGUAAAAGCUGGCAUUAAUAGAUCCUAUUUUUAUUUGUACUCAUAAUUUUCACUGUCAUCAUCAUUUUCAUCAAUUAGUAAGUAUUACUGAAGACAUCACAUUUAUCAUGUUCAUUCAGCUUGUUCUGCUACAACUAGUCAGGUAUGUUGCUUUGUAGAAUAUUGAAGGAUACAGGACAUCACUCAGUGGAACAUUUAAAUACACAUGCUUUAUCUAUAUUGUACAUUUAAGUGUAAAUAUUUUUAUUGCUGGAACAGAUCCAUAAUGGUGUCUUGUCAGUGGGAAAUUCUUUCAAAUAUAAAGCUUAGUAAGUGAAUUUUUGUGUGGCACAGGUGUGGUCUGUACGCAGCUUACAUUGUAUUUUAGUUCUCCAUUUUAUUAUUGUGUUAUGUACCAUGUAUGCUGUAAAACCAGUUUAACCACUUGAAAAUACAUGCAUUUGCCUUGAAAGUAUUGUGUAAAAUAUGAAAGCACUAUUAGCAGUUUGACAUAAAUAAAUGCUGAAAGUGGUGCAUAUCUUAUACUAAAUAGGUGCUGUCUAUUUUAUUGUGCUACGUGAAAUGAAUCAUUCCAGGCAGUCUCCUUUCUCUCUCAUUCACUAUCUAAUGAUAUUGUCUGCUCUGGGUUAUGUAAAUGUUAUUUCUGUACCUAAUUAGAGUGAAAUAACGCACCCUUAGUGAACAUUUGAUGUUACGUUGGUUUCUGAUUUGAAUUUAUGUAAAUCUUCACAGGCAUAUCUCUGUCUUUGUGGUGAGAUAUUUUUUAUUUCAUGACACAUUUCAGCAUAAUUCAAAUCUGUUUAUAUCUUCUAUAUUCUGUUACUUUUUUACACUGUGGCAGAUGUAGCUCCCAUAAAUUGUAAAUGGCUGGACAAAUGACUAGAUUUCAGGAAUAAAAGACUGCAUUUUUGUAGACAA